AUGGCUGAAAAAUCCCUGUCAAUUUAUACUCCAUUGGAGGCACCUGUACCUCCUCCGCCUGAUGCCUCAUUCUUUUCUGAUGCACAAUGGAAAACUCUACUUUCUCUAGCUGAUGCAGUCAUACCAACCAUUCGCACCUCUGCCAAGUCCAGCAAUGUCAAAGUGAUCUCAAACACUGAUUGGGAUUCUGCUGUUACAAAACUGACAUCUUUGAUGCCCAGGCCUGAUGCUGCUGAGAUUGCGACGAGGUAUCUUGAAGAAGAUGUUUCCUCCAAUCCCAUCUUCCGCGCGUAUCUGGAACGAAUCUUGGGACACUAUGUGCAUAACGAAGGAAGAAAGUCACUUGGGUGGAUUAUGAGUGCCCUCAACUCCCCGGCCGAAUCACUCGCCCUAACCGGCUCCACAACUCCAAUACACCAGCAACCUCUAGAAUUUCGGGAGAAGGCAUUUGCCAGUUGGGACACUUCUGACACGGAGGGUCUGCGUAUGGUGUACAGAGCGUUGAAUGGCCUUUUCAAGAAAUGCUGGGUCAUGGCGAGCCCGACUAUCAACGACGUUAUUGGUUUCCCACAAAUCCCAGUCAACGUAAAGCCUGGCAAUGGGUUUCCGUACAAAUUCAUCCAGAUUCCACCUGGAGAUGCCCCAGAGAUCAUCGAGACCGACGUUGUCGUGGUGGGGAGCGGCUGUGGAGGUGGAGUAGCUGCAAAGAAUCUUGCCGAAGCUGGCCUUCGCGUGCUGGUGGUAGAAAAAGCCUACUCAUACUCGUCGAAAUACUUCCCCAUGCAGCCAGCUUUGGCUGGUGUCAACAUGUUGGAGAAUGCUGGAGCUCUCACUAGUGAUGAUGGUACAACUAUGGUCGUUGCGGGCUCCACCUUCGGAGGCGGUGGCACUGUGAACUGGUCGGCGUCCCUCCAGACCCAGGCAUAUGUUCGCCGGGAGUGGGCUGAAAAAGGCUUACCAUUCUUUACCUCCUCUGAAUUCCAAGGAAGUCUUGAUCGAGUGUGCGAGCGUAUGGGCGUUAACACUGAUAAGAUUCGACACAAUUAUGGAAACGGCAACGUGAUUCUGGAGGGCGCACGUAAACUUGGUUAUUCCGCUAGUCCAGUCCCACAAAACACCGGACAUAGUGAGCACUCUUGCGGACAUUGCACCAACGGGUGCGCGUCGAAUGGGAAGAAAGGUCCUACCGAGUCAUUCCUGGUCGAUGCCGCGAAGGCUGGGGCGGUCUUCAUGGAAGGAUAUCAGGUCGAUAAGGUUUUGUUUGAAAGGAGAGGUGAUAAGCAGAUUGCAGUUGGCGUGGAAGGUAUCUGGAGGUCCCGAGAUUCGUACUUAGGACUUACAGACACUGGAUCCACACAACGCAAGGUAAUAAUCAAGGCACAACGGGUCAUCGUAUCUGGUGGAGCACUGCAAAGCCCUCUACUUCUAUUGCGCAGUGGCAUAAAAAAUAGACACAUCGGUGAGCAUCUACACCUACAUCCCUGUAUGGUGGGUGGUGCGGUGUUUGACGAAGAAACUCGUCCAUGGGAAGGAGGCGCCUUGACGUCCGUGAUCAGCGAGUUCGAAAACCAGGAUGGACACGGGCAUGGGGUGAAGAUCGAGGCCCUAUCGAUGAUGCCUUCAUGGUUCCUCCCCAUCUUCCCUUGGCGGAAUGGGCUGGACUAUAAGCUCUGGGCCGCUGGCAUGGGUCACAGCACCAGCUUCAUCACCCUGACAAGGGACCGUGACGCCGGACGAGUUUAUGCAGACCCAGUCGAUGGACGCGUCCGUGUCGAGUACACCGUCUCUCCAUUUGACCGUCGACAUAUCCUCGAGGCAAUGAUUGCCUGCGCUAGGGUUGCGUGCGUCACAGGGGCCAAGGAGUUCCACACCGCCUAUCGUGAUCUGUCACCAUGGAUUCGACCGGACAGCACAGACGUUGAUAUUAAUGAUGCUUCGCUGCAAGACUGGAUUGCAGACCUGCGCAGUAAAUCACCUCUCAACCCGGAACGAACUCUCUUCGCCAGUGCACACCAGAUGAGCACCUGUCGUAUGGGAACGUCGCCCGAGUCGAGUGUGGUGGACCCCACUUGUCAAGUGUGGGACAGAGAAGGGCUGUACGUCCUUGAUACAUCUGUGUUCCCAAGUGCCAGCGGCGUGAAUCCGAUGGUCACCAAUAUGGCCAUCGUCGACUGGGCUAGUCGUAAUAUUGCUCUAGGCAUGAGCAAAUGCGGCGAUAAACAUGCUGACAUGGCACGCUUAUGA